AUGCCAGAGCUUUCGGAAGCAGCGGCUCGCCAUCUGAAGAAGCAUCUCGAUAGAUUCUCCCAGAGGUUCGAGAAAGAGCAUGGGCAUGCGAUCAAGUUGUUCGGCAGCAUACCGCUUUAUCAGGGGUGGGAGGCGCUGCGGACCAUCACGCUCACACUGGAUAUCGACUUCUUUGCUGAGGCUCUAGCAGAGAUUGCGAUGAUACCCGAAGCUGAGAAGGAUAAUUGGCGUCGUGGAGAAGUUUUAGAGAAGCUCGAGCUGAACAUCGAUACAGAGAGGAAGGGCAAAAUCCCACAGUGGCGCGCACUCCUGCUUCAUCCAUUCGACAAAGUCACACUACUAAUUACCGACGCAUCCCGGGACAAAGACAGUGAUAAGACCGUUCAGCUUGAAAAGUACAGCCACGUCGUCGACAUAUUGCGAGACAGCCUCGCAGACAUGGGCGACCAAAUCGCCUACGACUGGCUCAUGUUUCAAGACGCGCUAGACUGGGAUGCCAUAUGUGAACAAGAAGACGAAUAUCUACCAGCUCCUCAGCGCGAAUGGUACAAGACCGCAGAGCUUUUCCGCUUCGCGCGCGUGCAGUACAAGCGGCUUAGCGAUGGGGACUGGAGAGAAGAAGUCGAGCAAGCAGGUCUGCUAGGGAACAAGACCCGCCGCCGUAUCCAGACCAAGCAAAUAAACUUCGCUUGGAACUUCCUGCCUACCACCAUAACCGUCCCAAAGAAAUUUGUUGGUAAGAGACACACCUAUACCGCGGAACAUGCGGAGGAAAUGCGUAAGACAGAUCAGCUCCGCGAGCUCAAGUACGAAAACCAGUGGCCGCACAAGUACGAAGUGGCUGCUGCGGAUGGACUCAUCGGCGAGAUGGGCAUUCGUCAUCCCAAACGCUGGAUCUUGGCUAGUGAAGAGUAUUGCGAAUACUAUGGUUUGAUGGAGCAGUUGAAAGAGGCAGAAGACGUGGAGAGCAAGGGCAUUGGGAUGGCGCUGUGGAAGGCGAAACCAAGGGCUAAGAAAUCGGAGGCAGAGGAAGGGGCUGACGGGACUGCUGACGUAGAGGCUGAGGAGGAAAUUGACGAGGAUGUUCAGGAGGAAGUCAAGGAGGACGUUGUGGACUAUAUUGAGGAAGAUAUUGAAGAUGACGAAGAUGAUGACGAAUAUAGCGAUGAGGAUGAUGACGAAGACGAAGACGAAGAUACAGACGAAGAUAGCGAGGGUGAAGAUGGCACCGAAGAGGAAGAUCAAGUUGAGAUUGAGGACGAGGACGGCCCUGGCUUUCAGCCUGUGGUUUACGAUCGGAGACAAACUAGGAUCACCGAUUUCUGGAAGAAGGUAUAG